GAUUUACCUUUUAUGAAAUGAAAAACAUUUACAUUUAAAUUUGUUUUAUUACAUCUGUCAGAUAAUCUGGUGUAUUAAAUAACCUUCAAACUAGUUUAUGUCUAGUUUUAUCUAACCUUAAUCUUUGAAAACAUAAUUAUUUGCAAGGGUAGUUCCGAAAUAGCUAUUUUCAAUGAUGAAUAAUUGAUAUCAAUAAAUGUGUUUCUUGUCCGUUAAAAUGGAAGUAAAAUUUAUUCUCGGAAGUUUUAUAACCAGCAAUAAAAAGUGUAAAUAAAGGAAAGAAACAAAAUGGUUUGGAGGAAAAUUAUUUUUACUUCUAUAUUAACUAUAUCCGUAUUACUUCAUUUAACAUCAGCACAACUAUCUACGAAUGAAACAUUACAUCACAUGACAGCAUGUGAUUUAAACAUCAAGUUAAACUGUGGACAGGACUCAAAGAUUGCUAUAAACUCGUUACAGUACGCCUAUAAUGUUAGCUGUGAUGCAACAUGUUGUACAUACGACAAGUCGCACUGCUUUGUUAAAGCCGAGAAAAACGACAUUCAAGAUGUAACUCGUGAUUGUUCUGGAAAGUCAUCCUGCAAUGUGAAUAAAACUACAGGAAGAACAGACUUCUCAACUUGUUCCAUAGGCGUUCAGGAUAUUUCAUAUGUUUAUUUAGAGUAUUACUGUAUACCAAGUGCACGAAUAAUGUCAGUAUGUUCUAAUGGACAACUGGAGGCGUCAGACGGCAAGCCCCUGUACCUAACCAGCCAGAAUUAUCCUGCUGUAACAACUGGAAGCACGUCCUGUUCAUGUUCCUUUGAAGUAUUCUCCUGUACAUCAAACAUAAAUAUGUAUACAAUUGAUGCUGACUUAUAUUUAGAUACGAGUAAUUGUGAGCAGAAUCUGAAUUUUCUCGACACGGACAAUAAUACCUUAUCAACGAUUGAUUGUGAUGAACUUUACAAUAACAACAUAGAAAGUAAAUUGUUAAAUAGUCACUACGUAAAGAUUGAUUUCAUCAACAACAGUACAUCAAACCAACAAGGCUUAUUUUUCGUCGGACUUGAUGCUUCAGGUACGGGUGAGCGCUAUCAGCUGACUUGCAGUUCCCAACCGGAAACAUGGUGUGCAGGAUGUGGUAUUCUUCUAAGUAUCGACAAUGGAAAUAUUACACUAAGCAAUGAGAACGAUUUUUCUUAUGAAGCAACAGCCGAGGUUACUUGUGAUUCCGGUUAUAAAACAGAUACACCAAAUAUAAGUUGUCAAGCUAAUGGAUCAUGGCCGAUUGCAAAGUGUACAGAAAAACCACCAUGUUCAGCAAAUGAGUGGAGAUGCGAUAAUGGAGAUUGUAUACUCGAGAGCCAAAAAUGUGACAAUUUUCCCAACUGCACUGAUGAAUCUGACGAACAGAUCUCGACUUGUCAAGAUCGAACUUGUCCGGAAGGUCUUGAGGCCUGUUACCAUUCUAAUGGAAGCCAUGUGUGUGUCGACAAAGGAACUGAGUGUGGCUGUGGUACUGUACCAUCAAUUGAAAAUGGGAUUGUUUCACUUGAUGGAAAUUCAUCAUUUGGGUCUGUAGCUGAUGUGACGUGCAAUGAAGGAUAUGCUCCGAGUAGUGCGAACAUUACUUGCUUAAUGACUGGUUCAUGGGAGAAUGUCUCUUGUACAGUUAAAGAUUGUGGACCACUACCAGAACUCAAUUUUGGACAAUACAAACUUGUUAAUGGAAGUAGCACAGUGUUUGGAUCUGUAGCGAAUGUGAUAUGUGAAUCUGGAUAUACUUCUGAUAAACUGGUUAUUACUUGCCAAUCAUCCGCAAAAUGGGAAACUGCUCUGUGCUCCAUUAAUGGUUGUGGUUCUGUACCGUCAAUUCAAAAUGGAAUUGUUUCACUUGAUGAAACUUCAAUUAUUGGGUCUGUAGCUAAUGUGACGUGUAAUGAAGGAUAUGAUCCGAGUAGUCCGACCAUCACUUGUCUAAUGACUGGUUCAUGGGAGACUGUUUCUUGUGUUGCUAAAGGUUGUGGCCCUGUACCAUCAAUUGAAAAUGGGAUUGUUUCACUUGAUGAAACUUCAAUUAUUGGGUCUGUAGCUAAUGUGACGUGCAAUAAAGGAUAUGAUCCGAGUAGUCCGACCAUCACAUGUCUAAUGACUGGUUCAUGGGAGACUGUUUUUUGUGCAGCUAAAGCACUUCAUCCAACGGAGAAGAAAGACACUGAAGUUGAUAUAAUCAUCAUUAUAGUCGUACUAGUUCUGUGCUUUAUCAUUCUACUCCAGCUUCUAGUUAUGUGUUACCUACAAUGUAAAAUACAUAAUAUAAGAAGACGUGCAAAUCGCGAAGAGUCUGAGGUCAGUAAGCGGAUAUUGAUGACUAUAUUAGGAAGUAUUCCAGUGGUCGGACUUAUACCAAUUUAUAUAACAUGGAAGAUGUUAAAGAUAACUGUUUACAAACUCACGCAAAUGAAAGAAAAAAGUCUGGAGGACAGUAAAGGUGCUUCUAAUCCUACGUAUGGUAACAAUAACAUGCCCAUAAAUAAAAACGCAGGUGAAUUCUCUCGUAUUCAUGACGCCAGUGAAAUCGAACUAGAACAGACAUCAGAACAGAAGACAGUACAAAAUAAUAUGGACGCUGCGAAAUGAAUCAGAAUCUACAAAAACUAUUCACCCUGAAACACCCACAAUGAGUGAUGGGUAAUCUUAUUGCAUAUAAUGUGUUUUGUUUCUUUAAUUUGGAUGAUUUAUUGUUAUAUAACAGGGUUUGUUUUCUUUAUCAGAAAUUCAUAAUUGAACAAAAUCUAAACACUCUAAACGAAUUUGAAUUAAAUUUAAUAUCUAUUUGUUA